AUGGCCACCUUACUAACAUUCCUGUUGCACCACAUUUCCAAGGCAGGUGUUGGGUGGGCGUUCAAGACGCAUCUAGCCGGCGCGAAAAAGCUGAUGCGCAUGAGGAGUGUCGGGAGGGAGACUCAAAAGCGGGGAUGGGUGGAAACAGUCUUUACUUGGUCAGGAAACAUGAGUGCCUUGGUCGACAACCGGGAAGCUCAACUGGGAGGCGGUUAUUUGGACAUGUUUUUCGGGUAGGCGACGAGCGGGACCAGGAUAGCCUCCCCGACUGCGAUAGAGGCCUUUUCAUGGGACUGGUAGGCCUGGGUCGAAGUAAUACGGGUAUGCUCAGCCAGAUUGCCCUGUCCGCAGCCUCAAAUCGUCCAGAGAUCGAAAACGAUGGCGAAACGGGGUUAUAG